GUCCGUGCACCAAGAAACCUCAAAGCUUGUGCUGUUGCUGCAUCAUCGAAAGCCGAAAGCUCUCAAAUCCCCGAAACACACUUCGCACCUGACGCCAUAGCUACCUCCCGUUCGCCGGAACCCCCACCACCGACCUCGACAACAAACUCUCCCCAUCGACCCGUUCGUCGAAACUGCUAUCCAGCCCGACCUUUCACACCAUCACAAUGGCCUCCUUCAUUGCCCGCCGUGCUUUCUCCACCACCGUCCGUCGCAUGACGACUGGUGAGGAGGCUCUCAAGACCGAGUCCAAGAAGAACCCCGAGAUUCUGGUCCUCGGUGGUGUCAUGGUUGCCGCCUUCAUUGGUGCCGGUUACUACUUCGCCCGCAACCCUACCGCCUCUACCGCCGAGACUGCCGUUCCCCAGACCAAGAACUCCAUGCCCUGGGAGUCCGGUUCGGGCGCUGGCAAGUACCAGUACCACCCCGGCGGUGAUCCCUCUGCUGCCCCCAAGGAUGCCCCCAGCGCCGUCAACGUUGUCGUUGUUCCCAACGUCACCCUCCCCAAGUCUCUCCACGAGAAGUACAACAAGUGGGGCAAGGAAGGCUACUAAAUUAUUAUACCUCUGUUAUCGUCAUGAUGGAGAAGAUUGCUGCGGAAGCAGCAUGAAUGGGAUGGCUUUUCUCCAAAAAGCCAGCCAAGCCACACCACGACACUUGUAGAUACGCCUAGAUUCCAAUGAACGGUUCUCGUGGGCCGUUUUGGUUAAUCAUGAGAUGAAAAGUAAAAUACUGCACGCGCACCCCUUACAGCUUGAAAGUCUAUUCUUGUUUCUCAACCUCAAUUUGUCCUAAUGGUGGUAUUUGGGAGCCGGAAAGGCUCGGUAAGCUGGUCAUGGUUGACACCCAGUUGCGAUGAGGAUGCAGACUCGGACUCAUCUUCUUCAAAUCCAAAUAUGGUAGCUUCAUAAUGCUCAAGCAUAUAUGAUCACCAUACAUGUCCC